AUGAACUUCUCGGAGCCAGGUUGCGCCACCACCACUACCACCACCAACGGCAGCACACCCCUCCAUCUCGCUCGCUCACUCUUCUCCGACAUGGCCUACCCCACGACAAUCUCGGAUUUCAUCAGCCAUCUAACCGCCAUCCACGACGCAGCCUACCUCCUUCUGCUCCCGCAAACAUGCCGCGCGGAGGUGGCAAUCCACCAAGCCGAGACGACGCGCAUAUCGACCGGACCCCUCGGAGAAGCCGUCUUGCAAGCAACGACCCUCUUCCUCCUCAACACCUGCCGCCGGGACCCGGCCGGCGACGAUGCGGCAACCACGCCGAUCCAGCACCGAGACAUGUACGAAGCGACCGGCUGCAUGCUGCUGGCCCUAGCCGCGGAGGAGUCGCGCUACCUGAGCAACCUGACGCUCCUACUGGCCGACAUGAAGCGAAAAUGGAAGGUCGACCUGAUCGAAACGGGCAGCUGGCACCGCACGGCCCGCACCAUGGGCAAAUCGGGCAUCGCAUCCGCCCAGGCGCUCUCCGACUUGGUCGCCGGCCGCGCCACUGCGCCAUACCACGGGAGAUACUUGACUGAGAUCGCGCAGCACUGGAGGAAAUGGGCGGGGGCGGGGGAGGCGAGGGUGUACGAGGAGGUGUGGAGUUAUGUCGCCGGACGGGCGUUGGUGCAGGAGUAA